GUUGCCAAUCUUGGUGUUUUCUCUGGUAAAAGCCAAACGUCCUGCACGGUGUUGGUCUGUAAACACAACCCCACCUGUGGACAUCGUCCUCAUACCUCCCUCAUGGAGUCUGUUUCUGACCGUUUGAGCAGACACAUGCACAUCUGUGUCCUGCUGGAGGUCAUGUUGCCUGGAAGAGAUGAACCAAUCAGAACAGUGAUGACAAAGGGAGUGGCUGGCAUUGGGAAAACUGUCUUAACACAGAAGUUCAGUCUGGACUGGGCUGAAGGCAAAGCCAACCAUGGAAUUAAAUUCUUGUUUCCGUUCUCUUUCAAAGAGCUGAAUGUGCUGAAAGAGGAAAAGUUCAGCUUGGUGGAACUUGUUCAUCACUUCUUUACUGACACCAAAGAAGCAGGAAUCUGCAGCUUUGAUGAAGACCAGGUCGUCUUCAUCUUUGACGGUCUGGAUGAGUGUCGACCUUCUCUGGACUUCAAAAACACUAAAAUCAUAACUGACCCGUCACAACCCACAUCAGUAGAUGUGCUGUUUACAAACCUUGUCAGGGGGAAACUGCUUCCCUCUGCUCGCCUCUGGAUAACCACAAGACCUGCAGCAGCCAAUCAGAUCCCUCCUGACUGUGUUGGCAUGGUGACAGAGGUCAGAGGGUUCACUAACCAACAGAAAGAGGAGUACUUCAGGAAGAGGUUCAUAGAUGAUAACCAGGCCAACAAAAUAAUCUCCCACAUAGUGAAAUCACGAAGCCUCCACAUCAUGUGCCACAUCCCAGUCUUCUGCUGGAUCACUGCUACAGUUCUGGAGAAAGUGCUAAAAACCAGAGAGGGAGGAGAGCUGCCCAAGACCCUGACUGAGAUGUACAUCCACUUCCUGGUGGUCCAGUUCAAGCUGAAGAAGACCAAGUAUGAUGGAGGAGCUGAGACAGAUCCACACUGGAGUCCAGAGAACAGGAAGAUGAUUGAGUCUCUGGGAAAACUGGCUUUUGAUCAGCCGCAGGAAGGAAACCUGAUCUUCUAUGAAUCAGACCUGACAGAGUGUGGCAUCGAUGUCACAGCAGCCUCAGUUUACUCAGGAGUGUUCACACAGAACCUCAAGGAAGAGAGUGGGCUUUAUCAAGAGAAGGUGUUCAGCUUCAUCCAUCUGAGCGUUCAGGAGUUUCUGGCUGCUCUUCAUGUCCAUCUCACCUUCAUCAAGUCUGGAGACAAUUUGCUGGAAGAAGAUGAACAACCGACCUCAAAGAAUUUGAAACCGAGGAAAGAGGCCAAUUUCUACCAGAGAGCAGUGAACAAGGCCUUACAGAGUCCAAACGGACACCUGGACUUGUUCCUCCGCUUCCUCCUGGGUCUUUCACUGCAGACCAAUCAGAGACUCCUACGAGGUCUGAUGACACAGACAGGAAGUAGCUCACAGACCAAUCAGGAAACAGUCCAGUACAUCAAAGAAAAGAUCAGUGAGAAUCUGUCUGUAGAGAGAAUCAUCAAUCUGUUCCACUGUCUGAAUGAACUGAAUGAUUCUUCUCUAGUGGAGGAGGUCCAAGAGUCCCUGAGAUCAGGAAGUCUCUCCACAGAUAACCUGUCUCCUGCUCAGUGGUCGGCUCUGGCCUUCAUCUUACUGUCAUCAGAACAAGAUCUGGAUGUGUUUGACCUGAAGAAAUACUCUGCUUCAGAGGAGGCUCUUCUGAGGCUGCUGCCAGUGGUCAAAGCCUCCAACAAAGCUCUAUUCGGUGACUGUAAUCUGUCAAAAAGAAGUUGUGAAGCUCUGUCCUCAGUUCUCAGCUCGCAGUUCUGUAAGCUGAGGGAUCUGGACCUGAGCAACAACGACCUGCAGGAUUCAGGAGUAAAGCAGCUGUGUGAUGGACUGAAAAGUCAGUUUUGUAAACUGGAAAUUCUCAGGUUGUCCGGCUGUAUGAUCACAGAGGAAGGCUGUGUUUCUCUGGCCUUGGCUUUAAACUCCAACCCCUCCCAUCUGAAAGAGCUCGACCUGAGCUACAACCAUCCUGGUGUCUCAGUAAAACUGCUCUCUGAUCAUCUGGAGGGUCCAAAUUGGAAACUAAGCACUCUCAGGGUGGAGCCUGCUGGAGAACGGUGGUUGAAACCUGGUCUGAAGAAGUGUAAGUGUGUUUUUAACUGGAUUCAAGCAAACCGUACCGAUUAUACAAAAAAAAAAAAAAAACGCAGCUUGUUUCUGUUUUUCUCUCUAACAGAUUCUUUAGAGCUCACAGUCGACACGAACACAGUAAACAAAAACAUCAAACUGUGUGACGGGAAAAGGGAGGCGAUGUACGUGAAGGAGGCGCAGUCUUAUCCGGGUCAUCCAGACAGAUUUGACAUGUGUCGACAGCUGCUGUGUACCGAGAGGCUGACUGGUCGCUGCUACUGGGAGGUGGAGGUGAGCGGAGGCGCUGACGUAUCGGUGAGCUACAGAGGAAUCAGCAGGAGAGGAGGCUUCAGCGACUGUGUGUUCGGGUGGAACGAUCAGUCCUGGAGUCUGAACUGCUCAGAGGAUGAUCGUUACUCUGUCUGGCACAACUAUGAAGAGACGCCCAUCUCUUCCUCUUCUUUCUCCUCCUCCUCCUCCUCCUCCUCCUCCUCCUCCUCCUCCUCCUCCAGCGCUAACCGAGUAGCAGUGUAUGUGGACGGACCUGCUGGCUCUCUGUCCUUCUACAGAGUCUCCUCCGACACACUGAUCCUCCUCCACACCUUCAACACCACAUUUACUCAACCUCUGCAUCCUGGAUUCGGGUUUGGGUAUUGGUCCAGUUCUGGUUCCUCAGUGUCUCUGUGUUUGCUAGAAAGAAAUACUCAGAUUGCUGACAGUUGAUGAUGGACAAAUCUCAGAUGAAUGUCUUAAAUCUAAAUAUUUAAAACUUAAUACAUUCUGGAUUAAGUUUUCUUUCUGAUUUAUUUUUAUCUGUCCUGUAAAUUUUUCUUUACCCUGUUGGACCUGCAGCUUGUUUGCUGCAGACGGGACAAGUUGACUGGUCUUUCAGCCAAAAUGUGGAUUUUCUUUAUGGUCAGAUGAGACAAAGACGGAGUUGUUUGACCAGGUGACUUCAGUUGUAACUUCUAAAACCUCCAGACCAAGCGCUGACUAUGUUGAUGACAUUGUGCCUGGGACUGUUUGCUACCAGUGAAAUUGAUAGAUGGCACAAACUGAAAAGACUAAUAAAGGAGGAAAACUACCUCAGAAUGGUUCAGGUAGCCUCGGAUCAUCAGUUUGAAGUUAUUUUACAUGCAUGCUCUUGUAAGUCUCCAUCCUGUCAAAUAUGUCGGUCAGUGCUGAAGCUUUCUGAAAGCAGCAAACAGGCCUCCUCUUUCUGCUGCAGACUGUACAGCAACAUCACACCACCCUCCUCCUUCCAGACAGACGGCAGCAGACGGGGGGACUGAUGUUCUGGGUGAAAGUAGAUACAGCCAAGAGACUAAAGACGACUGCAGAUGUCUCCCCAACCAAAUCUAAUUUUAAUUGUGAACAUCUUUUCACUCAUGGAGCAGCACAAAACGCUUUACAUGAUUAAACAUGUUUGCAAGUUAAAAAGAAUAUAACAACUAUUUCAACACACACCUGAUUAUUCUCAGUAUGGGCGUCAGGGAUGUUCCACCAGCGUAGCUACAGAAAGCCAGGCUGUAUGAGGAAAGCUUCGCUUGAACCAACACCAGCUCUGAAUUAAGGUUCAUUCGUUCCACUAACACAUUCCAGCUGCAUCUAUUUGAGCUAGUCCAAGCGAGGCUUACAUAGCCUGGCUAUGUGGAGGUCCUGAGGAACGUAGGGAGCCCUGACGAGUGGAUGGUGGAAAAGAGGAGCAGCAGGAAAAGAGAGCAAACCAAGAGCUUCAUUUUCUCAGCAGCUGAACAAAGAAAGCUGAUGGAGGUCAGAGACAUGCGGUGGGUUCAUGGCUGGUGAGGCACCGACUCCUCUGCAGUCACAUUUACAUUGUAAGAACAAAAAGAGCU